AUGUCAUCCCGCUCGGACAGUGGGAGUGGGGAGGACUCGUUGGACCGGCUCCUGCCCCCCACCGGGGCCCCUCGCAGAAAGAGUGCUACCUCUCUCAGUAAAACUGAGCCUCCAUUGCUCCGCACAGGCACACGCACCAUCUACACCGCUGGCCGACCUCCCUGGUAUGACGAGCACGGAGCACAGUCAAAAGAGGCCUUUGUCAUUGGGUUGUGUGGGGGCAGCGCCUCAGGGAAGACCACCGUGGCCAAUAAGAUCAUUGAGGCUCUGGAUGUGCCGUGGGUUGUGCUGUUGUCUAUGGAUUCUUUCUACAAGGUUUUAUCUCCUGAGGAGCAAAACUUGGCAGCAAGCAACGACUACAACUUCGAUCAUCCGGGGGCAUUUGACUUUGAGCUGCUGGUUGCCACUGUGAGAAAGCUGAAGCAGGGCAAGAGUGUGAAGAUCCCAGUGUAUGAUUUCACCACACAUGGAAGACAGAAAGACUGGAAGAAUGUGUAUGGUGCCAGUGUAAUCAUAUUUGAGGGAAUUAUGUCUUUCGCAGACAAAGAGCUUCUUCAGCUCCUGGAUAUGAAAAUCUUUGUGGACACAGACUCAGACAUUCGGCUGGUCCGCCGGCUCCGCAGGGACAUCACAGAGCGAGGACGGGACAUUGAAGGCGUCAUCAAGCAAUACAACAAGUUUGUGAAGCCAGCCUUCGAGCAGUACAUUGAGCCGGCCAUGAGAAUGGCUGAUAUUGUCGUGCCGAGAGGUGGUGGCAACAUGGUGGCCAUUGAUCUGAUAGUCCAGCACGUUCACAGCCAGCUGGAAGAGCGUGAGCUCAGUGUCAGGGCGCUCCUGGCUUCCGCCCAGCAGACACAGCCGCUGCCCCAGACGCUCAGUGUGUUGGAGAGUACUCCGCAGGUCAGAGGCCUCCACACCAUCAUCAGGGAUAAAGAAACCAGUCGGGAUGAAUUCAUCUUCUACUCAAAGAGAUUAAUGCGGCUUCUCAUUGAACACGCGCUAACAUUUCUACCAUCUCAGCCAUGUAUAGUUCAGACUCCACAGGGCCAAGAGUACGAAGGCCGCACUAACAACGGGAAAGGGAUCACCGGUGUGUCGGUCCUGCGGGCAGGAGAGACCAUGGAGCCCGCCCUGAGGGCCGUGUGCAAGGACGUACGCAUCGGCAAGAUCCUAAUCCAGACCAACCUGGACUCAGGCGAACCAGAGCUGCAUUACCUGCGUCUGCCCAAAGACAUCAGUGAAGAUCAUGUCAUCCUAAUGGACAGCACGGUCUCUACCGGCGCUGCUGCCAUGAUGGCAGUCCGAGUCCUAUUGGAUCAUGAGGUGCAGGAGGAUAGGAUUGUGCUGGUAUCGCUGUUGAUGGCCGAGCUCGGCGUGCACUCUGUGGCAUACGCCUUCCCGAAGGUCAAAAUCAUCACCACCGCUGUGGACAAGAGCCUGGACGAUUUAUUACAUGUAAUCCCUGGUAUCGGGGACUUCGGGGAUCGCUACUUUGGGACGGACGGAUCCGAUGGCUGGAGUGAGGACGAGGACCAGGACCAGCCGUCAUACUGA